AUGGUUGACUCUCAGCUCCAAUGUUGCAACUGUGGUCACAGUUCCAACACUUUUGAACCUCUGAUUGACCUGAGUUUGGAGAUUGAAAGUGUGGACAGCGUUCCAAGUGCACUGGGGUCUUUUACCAAGAUGGAAAAGAUCGAAGAUUCAGAAAUUAAGUUUACAUGUGAGAAUUGUAAGGAAGAGGUGGCAGUGGAAAAGCAACUUAUGGUGGAUCAGGCCCCAUCUGUUGCUGUGUUCCAUUUGAAAAGGUUUAAGGCUGAUGGGUCUUUUGUCGAGAAGAUUGAUAAACAUGUGGACUUUUCAUUGGAGUUGGACUUGCAGUCCUACAGUACUAGUACUAGUGGUGAUAAUGCGGGGCUGAUGUAUGAUCUCUAUGGAAUUAUCGUCCAUGUUGGGUUUUCAUCUGCUUCUGGGCAUUACUUCAGCUUCAUUCGUUCUUCUCCAGACACAUGGUAUAGGUUGGAUGACUCGAGG